AAUAGGCCGGGGCAGGUCGCGCUCGCUGCCUUCUCCCCUGAAGAGAGACGCGGGGGGAGGGGGGUGCGGCGAGCGGCUCCGCUCUCUCCCCAAGGCUCCGCUCGCGCCCCAGUGUAAUGAGGGUCACCCCCUCCCCCCAGCCUGCCCGGGAGGGGGCGCGGGGCACGGUUGAUGCUGGCGCAGGAUGGAUCAGACCUGUGAACUCUCUAGAAGAAAUUGUCUGCUGCCCUUUUCCAACCCAGUGAAUUUAGAUGCCCCUGAAGACAAGGACAGCCCUUUCGGUAAUGGUCAAUCCAAUUUUUCUGAGCCACUUAAUGGGUGUACUAUGCAGUUAUCGACUGCCAGUGGAACAUCCCAAAAUGCUUAUGGACAAGAUUCUCCAUCUUGUUACAUUCCACUGCGGAGACUACAGGAUUUGGCCUCCAUGAUCAAUGUAGAGUAUGUAAAUGGGUCUGCUGAUGGAUCAGAAUCCUUUCAAGACCCUGAAAAAAGUGAUUCAAGAGCUCAGUCGCCAGUUGUUUGCACUUCCUUGAGUCCUGGUGGUCCAACAGCACUUGCUAUGAAACAGGAACCCUCUUGUAAUAACUCCCCUGAACUCCAGGUAAAAGUAACAAAGACUAUCAAGAAUGGCUUUCUGCACUUUGAGAAUUUUACUUGUGUGGACGAUGCAGAUGUAGAUUCUGAAAUGGACCCAGAACAGCCAGUCACAGAGGAUGAGAGUAUAGAGGAGAUCUUUGAGGAAACUCAGACCAAUGCCACCUGCAAUUAUGAGCCUAAAUCAGAGAAUGGUGUAGACGUGGCCAUGGGAAAUGAACAAGACAGCACAUCAGAGAGUAGACACGGUGCAGUCAAAUCGCCAUUCUUGCCAUUAGCUCCUCAAACUGAAACACAGAAAAAUAAGCAAAGAAAUGAAGUGGACGGCAGCAAUGAAAAAGCAGCCCUUCUCCCAGCCCCCUUUUCACUAGGAGAUACAAACGUUACUGUAGAAGAGCAAUUAAACUCAAUAAAUUUAUCUUUUCAGGAUGAUCCAGACUCCAGUACCAGUACAUUAGGAAACAUGCUAGAAUUACCUGGAACUUCAUCAUCAUCUACUUCACAGGAAUUGCCAUUUUGUCAACCCAAGAAAAAGUCUACGCCACUGAAGUAUGAAGUUGGAGAUCUCAUCUGGGCAAAAUUCAAGAGACGUCCAUGGUGGCCCUGCAGGAUUUGUUCUGAUCCAUUGAUUAACACACAUUCAAAAAUGAAAGUUUCAAACCGGAGGCCCUAUCGACAGUACUACGUGGAGGCUUUUGGGGACCCUUCAGAGAGAGCCUGGGUGGCUGGAAAAGCAAUCGUCAUGUUCGAAGGCAGACAUCAGUUUGAAGAGCUACCUGUUCUUAGGAGAAGAGGGAAGCAAAAAGAAAAAGGAUAUAGGCACAAGGUUCCUCAGAAAAUUUUGAGUAAAUGGGAAGCCAGUGUUGGUCUUGCUGAACAGUACGAUGUUCCCAAAGGGUCGAAGAACCGACGAUGUGUCACCAGUUCAAUCAAGUUGGACAGUGAGGAGGAUAUGCCAUUUGAGGACUGUGCAAAUGAUCCUGAAUCAGAACAUGACCUGUUACUUAAUGGCUGCUUGAAAUCUCUGGCUUUUGACUCUGAACAUUCUGCAGAUGAGAAGGAAAAGCCUUGUGCUAAGUCUCGAGCCAGGAAGAAUUCUGAUAAUCCAAAAAGGACUAGUAUGAAAAAGGGCCACAUGCAAUUUGAAGCACAUAAGGAAGAACGAAGGGGAAAGAUUCCAGAGAACCUCGGCCUAAACUUUAUUUCUGGGGAUGUAUCUGAUAAGCAGGCCUCUAAUGAACUUUCCAGGAUAGCAAACAGCCUCACAGGGUCCAGCACUGCCCCAGGAGGUUUCCUGUUUUCUUCUUGUGCGAAAAACACGGCAAAGAAAGAAUUUGAGACUUCAACUUGUGACUCUUUACUGGGUUUGUCUGAGGGUGCCUUGAUCUCUAAACGUUCUGGGGAGAAGAAGAAACUCCAACGAGGUUUGGUGUGUAGUUCAAAAGUGCAGCUCUGUUAUAUUGGAGCAGGUGAUGAAGAAAAGCGAAGUGAUUCUAUUAGUAUCUGUACUACUUCUGAUGAUGGAAGCAGUGAUCUGGACCCCAUAGAUCACAGUUCAGAGUCUGAUAACAGUGUCCUUGAAAUUACAGAUGCUUUUGAUAGAACAGAGAGUAUGUUAUCUGUGCAGAAACAUGAAAAGGUAAAGUAUACUAGGUAUCCUGCCACAAACACUAAGGUAAAAGCAAAGCAAAAGUCCCUCAUUACUAACUCACAUACAGACCACUUAAUGGAUUGUACUAAGACAGCAGAGCCUGGAACUGAGACAUCUCAGGUUAAUCUCUCUGAUCUUAAAGUAUCUACUGUUGUCCGCAAACCCCAAUCAGAUUUUAGAAACGAUGGUUUCUCUCCAAAAUUCAACACACCAUCAAGCGUUUCCAGUGAGAACUCACUAAUAAAAGCUGGGGCUACAAAUCAAGCUCUUUUACAUUCAAAAAGCAAACAGCCCAAGAUCCGAAGUAUAAAGUGCAAACAUAAAGAAAAUCCAGUUGUAGUGGAACCUCCAGUUACAAAUGAGGACUGCAGUUUGAAAUGCUGCUCUUCUGAUACCAAAGGCUCUCCUUUGGCCAGCAUUUCCAAAAGUGGGAAAGUGGAUGGGCUAAAACUACUGAGCAACAUGCAUGAAAAAACCAGGGAUUCAAAUGACAUAGAAACAGCAGUGGUGAAACAUGUUCUGUCAGAGUUGAAGGAACUCUCUUAUAGAUCCUUAAGUGAAGAUGUGAGUGACUCUGGAACAUCAAAGCCAUCAAAACCAUUACUUUUUUCUCCUUCCUCGGGUCAGAAUCAUAUACCUAUUGAACCAGAUUACAAAUUCAGUACAUUGUUAAUGAUGUUAAAAGAUAUGCAUGAUAGUAAGACUAAGGAGCAGCGGUUAAUGACUACUCAGAACUUGGUCUCUUAUCGGAGUCCUGGUCUUGGAGACUGUUCUACGAGUAGUCCUGUAGGUGCAUCUAAGGUCUUGGUUUCAGGAAGCUCCACUCACAGUUCAGAAAAAAAUGGAGAUGGCAUUCAGAACCCAGUCCGUCCUAGUCCUAGUGGGGGUGACCCUACAGUGUCUGGAGAGUUGUCUGUAUCUGUACCGGGCUUAGUGUCUGACAGAAGAGACGUCCCUGCUUCUGGUAAAAGUCGCUCAAACUGUGUUACUAGGCGCAACUGUGGGCGGUCAAAACCAUCAUCUAAACUGCGAGAUAGUUUUUCAGUCCAGAUGGGAAAGAACACAUUGAACCGUAAAGCCUUAAAGACCGAGCGCAAAAGAAAACUCAACCGACUUCCAGCUGUAACUCUUGAUGCUGCACUGCCGGGAGACAGAGCAAGUGGGGUUGCAGAGAAUGGUUCCUCAAGAGGUGGGCUAGAGGACCCUGGUAAAGAGGAACCUCUUCAGUUAAUGGGCCAUUUAACAAGUGAAGACAGUCCCCAUUUUUCUAGUGUUCAUUUUGAUAAAGUCAAGCAGUCUGACCCUGAUAAAAUUCCUGAUAAAGUCUCCUCUUUUGAAAACAGAAAAGGCCCAGAGGUGGAUACUGAAAUGAACAGUGAGAAUGAUGAACCCAAUGGUGUAAAUCAAGCGGUGCCUAAAAAGCGGUGGCAGCGUUUAAACCAAAGGCGCACUAAACCUCGUAAGCGCACUAGCAGAUUUAGGGAGAAGGAAAACUCUGAGGGUACCUUUGGGGUUUUGCUUCCUGCUGACCCCGUAAAGAAGGGGGAUGAGUUCCCAGAGCAUAGACCUCCUACGUCAGCAAACAUACUGGAGGAUACGCUGGCAGAUCCAAAUCAUGCCAGCUGCUUAGAUGCAGUUGGACCACGGUUGAAUGUUUGUGAUAAAUCCAGUGCCAGCAUUGAAGAGAUGGAAAAAGAGCCGGGAAUUCCCAGUUUGACACCCCAGCCUGAGCUCCCUGAACCAGCUGUGCGGUCAGAGAAGAAACGCCUUAGGAAGCCAAGCAAGUGGCUUCUGGAGUAUACAGAAGAAUAUGAUCAGAUAUUUGCUCCUAAGAAAAAACAAAAGAAGGUGCAGGAACAGGUGCACAAGGUAAGUUCCCGCUGUGAAGAGGAAAGCCUUUUAGCCCGAUGUCGAUCUAGUGCUCAGAACAAGCAGGUGGAUGAGAAUUCUUUGAUUUCAACCAAAGAAGAGCCUCCAGUUCUUGAAAGGGAGGCUCCAUUUUUGGAAGGGCCCUUGGCUCAGUCAGAACUUGGAGGUGGACAUGCUGAGUUGCCACAGCUGACCUUGUCUGUGCCUGUGGCUCCGGAAGUCUCUCCACGGCCUGCCCUUGAGUCUGAGGAAUUGCUAGUUAAAACACCAGGAAAUUAUGAAAGUAAACGUCAGAGAAAACCAACUAAGAAACUUCUCGAAUCCAAUGACUUAGACCCUGGAUUUAUGCCCAAGAAAGGGGAUCUUGGCCUUUCUAAAAAGUGUUAUGAAGCCGGUCACUUGGAGAACAACAUUAAUGAAUCACGUGCUGCAUCUCAUUCUAAAGAGUAUGGUGGAGGCACUACCAAGAUAUUUGAUAAACCAAGGAAGCGAAAACGACAGAGGCAUACUAUAGCCAAGGUGCACUGUAAAAAAAUGAAAAAUGAUGAUUCAUCAAAAGAAACUCCAACCUCAGAGGGAGAACUGAUGACACACAGAACAGCUGCAAGCCCCAAGGAGACUGUUGAGGAGGGUGUAGAGAAUGAUCAUGGGAUGCCAGCAUCUAAAAAGCUGCAGGGCGAACGAGGUGGAGGAGCUGCACUCAAGGAGAACGUUUGUCAGAACUGUGAGAAACUGGGUGAGCUGCUGUUAUGUGAGGCUCAGUGCUGUGGGGCUUUCCACCUGGAGUGCCUUGGAUUAACUGAGAUGCCGAGAGGAAAAUUUAUCUGCAAUGAAUGUCGCACAGGAAUCCAUACCUGUUUUGUUUGUAAGCAGAGUGGGGAAGAUGUCAAAAGGUGCCUUUUGCCCUUGUGUGGAAAGUUUUACCAUGAAGAAUGUGUCCAGAAGUAUCCACCCACUGUCAUGCAGAACAAGGGCUUCCGGUGCUCCCUCCACAUCUGUAUAACCUGUCAUGCUGCUAAUCCAGCCAGUGUUUCUGCAUCUAAAGGUCGUCUGAUGCGCUGUGUCCGCUGCCCUGUGGCAUACCAUGCCAAUGACUUUUGCCUGGCUGCCGGGUCGAAGAUUCUUGCAUCUAAUAGUAUCAUCUGCCCUAAUCACUUUACACCUAGGCGGGGCUGCCGAAAUCAUGAGCAUGUUAAUGUUAGCUGGUGUUUUGUAUGCUCAGAAGGAGGCAGUCUUUUGUGCUGUGAUUCUUGCCCUGCUGCUUUUCAUCGGGAGUGCCUGAACAUUGAUAUCCCUGAAGGAAACUGGUAUUGCAAUGAUUGUAAGGCAGGCAAAAAGCCACAUUACAGGGAAAUUGUCUGGGUAAAAGUUGGACGAUACAGGUGGUGGCCAGCUGAGAUCUGCCAUCCUCGAGCUGUACCUUCCAAUAUUGAUAAGAUGAGACAUGAUGUGGGCGAGUUCCCUGUGCUCUUCUUUGGGUCUAAUGACUAUCUGUGGACACAUCAGGCCCGAGUCUUUCCCUAUAUGGAGGGGGAUGUGAGCAGCAAGGAUAAGAUGGGCAAAGGAGUGGAUGGGACAUAUAAAAAAGCUCUUCAGGAAGCUGCAGCAAGGUUUGAGGAGUUAAAGGCCCAGAAAGAGCUAAGACAGCUGCAGGAAGACCGAAAGAAUGACAAGAAACCGCCGCCUUACAAACAUAUAAAGGUGAACCGUCCUAUUGGCAGGGUACAGAUUUUCACUGCAGACUUGUCCGAAAUUCCCCGUUGCAACUGUAAAGCUACUGAUGAUAACCCCUGUGGGAUAGACUCUGAGUGCAUCAAUCGCAUGCUGCUCUAUGAGUGCCACCCCACAGUGUGUCCUGCUGGAGGACGCUGCCAAAAUCAGUGCUUCACUAAGCGCCAGUAUCCAGAGGUUGAAAUUUUCCGCACAUUACAGAGGGGCUGGGGUCUCCGGACAAAAACAGAUAUUAAAAAGGGUGAAUUUGUGAAUGAGUAUGUGGGUGAGCUAAUAGAUGAAGAAGAGUGCAGAGCUCGAAUUCGUUAUGCCCAAGAACAUGACAUCACUAAUUUCUAUAUGCUUACUCUGGACAAAGACCGGAUCAUUGAUGCUGGUCCCAAAGGAAACUAUGCUCGGUUCAUGAAUCAUUGCUGCCAGCCCAACUGUGAAACACAGAAAUGGUCUGUGAAUGGAGAUACCCGUGUUGGUCUUUUUGCCCUGAGUGACAUUAAAGCAGGCACUGAACUUACCUUCAACUACAACCUAGAAUGUCUUGGGAAUGGAAAGACUGUUUGCAAAUGUGGAGCCCCAAACUGCAGUGGCUUUUUGGGUGUAAGGCCAAAGAAUCAACCCAUUGCCACAGAAGAAAAGUCAAAGAAAUUCAAGAAGAAGCAACAGGGAAAGCGCAGGACCCAGGGUGAAAUCACGAAGGAGAGAGAGGAUGAAUGUUUCAGCUGUGGGGAUGCUGGCCAGCUCGUCUCCUGUAAGAAGCCAGGCUGCCCGAAGGUUUACCACGCUGACUGUCUAAAUCUAACCAAGCGACCAGCAGGGAAAUGGGAGUGUCCUUGGCAUCAGUGUGACAUCUGUGGGAAGGAAGCAGCCUCCUUCUGUGAGAUGUGUCCCAGCUCCUUUUGUAAGCAGCAUCGGGAAGGGAUGCUCUUCAUCUCCAAAUUGGAUGGGCGUUUGUCUUGUACUGAGCAUGACCCGUGUGGGCCCAACCCUCUGGAACCUGGGGAGAUCCGUGAGUAUGUGCCUCCCCCAGUACCGCUGCCUCCAGGCCCAGGCACUCACCUGGCAGAGCAUUCAUCAGGAGUGGCUGCUCAGGGGCCCAAGAUGUUGGAUAAGCUGCCUGCUGACACCAACCAGACACUGUCACUGUCCAAAAAAGCUCUGGCAGGGACUUGUCAGAGACCACCGCUUCCUGAAAGACCUUCUGACAGAACUGACUCCAGGGCCCAACCUGUAGAUAGGGUCAGGGACCUUGCUGGGUCAGGGACCAAACCCCAAUCCUUGGUAUCCAGCCAGAAGCCAUUGGACAGGCCACCUGCAGUGGCAGGACCAAGACCCCAACUAUCGGACAAACUCUCUUCAGUGACUGGAGUAAGCUCCUCAACCUCAGUCAGGUCCCAACCACUGGAAAGACCUCUGGGGACAGCUGACUCAAGGCUGGAUAAAUCCAUAGGUGCUGCCAGCCCAAGGCCCCAGUCACUGGAGAAAACCCCAGUCCCUGCUGGCCUGAGACUUCCACAACCAGACAGACUGCUAGUCAGCAGCAGUCCCAAACCUCAGACUUCAGACAGGCCCUCUGACAAAUCCCAUGCUUCUUUGUCCCAGAGACUCCCACCUCCUGACAAAGUACUAUCAGCUGUGGUCCAGACCCUGGUAGCUAAAGAAAAAGCGCUGAGGCCCGUGGACCAGAAUACUCAGUCAAAAAAUAGAGCUGCUUUGGUCAUGGAUCUCAUAGACCUGACUCCUCACCAGAAAGAACGGGCUACUUCACCUCAUGAGGUCACACCACAGGUUGAUGAGAAGAUGCCAGUGUUGGAGUCAAGCUCGUGGACUGCCAGCAAAGGUCUGGGGCAGAUGCCGCGAGCUGUAGAGAGAGGCAGUGUGUCAGAUCCUGUCCUUCAGCCACCGGGGAAAGCAGCAGUCCCUUCGGAGCACUCCUGGCAACCAGUUAAAUCACUCACCCAGGCCAGACUUCUCUCUCAGCCCCCUGCCAAGGCUUUUUUAUAUGAGCCAACAACUCAGGCCUCAGGAAGAGCACCGGCAGGGGUGGAGCAGACGCCAGGGCCUCCCAGCCAAGCACCAGGCCUGGUGAAGCAGGUGAAGCAGAUGGCUGGAGGCCAGCAACUACCUGGACUUGCUGCCAAGAGUGGGCAGUCCUUCAGGCCUCUUGGGAAGGCCCCAUCCUCCUUCUGUACUGAAGAGAAGAAGUUGGCAACUGCAGAGCAGAGUCCCUGGGCCCUGGGAAAGGCCUCACCAGGGCCAGGACUCUGGCCCAUGGUGGCUGGACAGACAAUAUCGCCAUCUUGCUGGUCCUCUGGGAGCACACAGACAUUGGCACAGACUUGCUGGUCUCUUGGAAGAGGGCAAGACCUUAAACCAGAGCAAAAUACACUUCCAGCUCUUAACCAGGCUCCUUCCAGUCACAAGUGUGCAGAGUCAGAACAGAAGUAAUAUGAGUAAAUGUCACAUGACCAGACCAGCUGCCCCCAGGGUUCUUGGGGAACGGAAAUCCUCUUUCUUUUCCCCUCUUAAAAAACAGACCCCAACACUUUUCCACUGUUACUCUUUCCUUAUAUCCCAACACUCAGAACUCUUGUGAUAUUAGCCAGUGGGGGCAUGUGGUUGUGUAAACCAUGUAUGGAAAUCCAAGUGGGCCCCAGCCAAGGAGACAGACAGACUUGGGUCUUUUUCCUCCAACCUUUACACAUGGUAACUUGAAAUAAAAAGUCCACUCUGGA